AUGCCAAUCAAAUGGAUUUUUCAGUGGCAGCCAAAUGCAGGCACAACAGUCAACACUCAAAUACUGUUAGAAAUAUCUCAAUGUGUUGAAAGCAUUAAUGGUGUUAAAGAAGGAAGUUGGAAAAAUACUUUUACCUUCUAUAAGCCCAUUCUCAAAGAACAAGCAAAUUGCUCGGAAUUUCCCCGAAACUUUUUGGGGAUUUCACUUCAUGAACAACCCAACAAGUAUUACAUGGCACUUAGUAAGCAACGGUUGAUCAUGGAAGCAGAGUCAUCAAUUCUGACGAUAAUGGAAAACUUACAGUCUUACAAAAUGAAGAUUGCACUUAAUUGUGAGGGGCUUCAGUAUCGACUUGGUGACUUUCUUCUGCGAGUGGGCAAAAUUAUUCCAAUAAACUCUGAGAACUUGAGGGAAAUAGUUAUGGAGAUGGAGUAUCUUCCCAUUUCCUCAUGGGAGACGUCACAUCAGAUUAUGAGUGAAUUUUUCGACAUAUGGAAGGAAACUCUUGAAAAAAGAUUAUUACCGGGUCAUUUUGUGCACAUUGAACCAAAUUUUUCAGAGUUUGGCCUUUCUGAUCAAUACACUUCACAGCACACAGUUGUACAAUAUGCUAGCAUCUUGGCUCAAAUGGUAGCAACAUCACAAGCAACAAGAAAAUAGAAUGUUUUGUUGACAUUAUAUGAUUUUUCUUUAGCUUCAGAAAUCAGUUCUUUAUGUUCAGAAACAGAUUGGGAAU